AUGGCACUUUCAAACGGCUGCGCGCACCAUUUUGUCCUGAUCAAGUCAGAGAGUAGCUUGAUCCAAUGGACAUGUCAGCUAUGCCAUUCAGGGCCCCAUUACUUCAUCUAUGAGUGCCGGUACUGCAAGAUGAGAACGCGUGCCUUGAGGGUUACUCUGGGGCUGUGGCUGGUUAUUCCAUUGCAAGUACCGGUAUGGCAUUACGGCCGCUCCUAG